AUGACAGAUAUCCCUAAAGAGUCUCCCGAAGCUGGACUCCGAGGCGAAGACGAGGAGCAAAUGUGCCUGCUGGAAGGCAGCAACCUGACCAUUUCCUGUUUGUACACCAGGCAGUACGCCUCCAGCCUGAAGGCCUGGCAGCGGGUGAGGGGCCCCGGCCCCCCGGAGACACUGGUGCGCACAGAUACCAGAAACGCGGACCUGAACCUUGCCCAGGCCGGGAGAUACCUGCUGGAGGACGACCCCACCGAGGUCACGUUCAGAGUCACCAUGAGGGAGCUCCAGAGGCAGGACCUGGGGCUCUAUCAGUGUGUGAUUGACCUCUCACCCCAGAGCCCCGUUGUCCUGCCUCCUCGCAUUCGGCUGGUACCAUGUGAAGGCCUGCCGCCUGCCCUGCCCCUUUCCGAGCCGCAGGUGAUGGCUAUUGUUCUGACUUGCGGAUUCGUCCUAAACAAGGGCCUGGUGUUCUCAGUCCUGUUUGUCCUUCUCCGGAAAGCCAGGGCCUCAGGCGAGCCAAACCCAGGGGAGCAGCAAAGUCACCCUUCCAGGAGCUGACGGGCAUGCCUUCCUCCCCUAGCAAACAUCACAU